AUUAAAAAAAGAUGUUGAAGAAAUGGAUAUAUUCGGUGAUAUUAGUGAUGACAUCGAAGCAGAGGAUUGUAGUAAUAGCAUGCAAUCCAGCACACUUAAAGCACAACUUUAUGAUUCGAGUGAUGAUGAAAAGAAUUUUGAAGGAGUUGAAAUUAAAGAAAUGGUAGACGAUACAGAAGAGACAAUAAAUUCUGUUUUACAUGAAAAUAUAACUGAUGGAACCACUGAAAUGGAAACGCACUCAAUCAGCAGACCACAAGAAUUGGAUGACGAAUCUGAAUCGACUGAUAUAAAUUAUCAAGAAUUUUGUACAAGUUUAAAGUAUGAUAUAUUUGAUUUAGAAGCUGAACGCGACCAAUUAUUAAAUAAGUUGGAAGCAUUGCAUGCAUUGCCAUGCCAUUGUAAUGCGUAA